AUGGAGGCCGAGCCAGCGCCAGACCUCUCCAUGAUGCUGCUGCGAGAACUGCUGGCGCCAUCAUGUCUGGACCCCGAGCCGCUCCCCGGACCCCCCGCCCAACAGGGCCAUGCUGACCCAACUGGUCAGCGAGGAGGCAGCCUGGGGCCUCCUGAGAUUUCCGCAGCCCCUCCAGCCCCACCUCGGAGGAGGCCCCGGAAGCAGUCAAACCCGCACCAGGGCGCCGAGAAAGUGGACCCUCGGUUCGCGGGAGUGACGCUGAGGUUUCAGAUAAAGCCGGAUUCCAGCCUUCAGAUCAUCCACAGCUACAGCCUGGCCAGCAGCAGCCGCUCUCAGGCUCCCCCUACAGGCCCUGAGGCCAACCCAGGAGGCAGUGAGGCCCUGGGGCCCAGGCGCUGUGCUUCUUGUAGGACCCAGAGAACCCCACUCUGGAGAGAUGCCGAAGACGGGACACCUCUCUGCAAUGCCUGUGGUAUCAGGUACAAGAAGUAUGGCACCCGGUGCUCCAGCUGCUGGCUGGUGCCCAGGAAGAAUGUGCAGCCCAAGAAGUUAUGUGGCAGAUGUGGGAUGUUCCUGGGCCCCAACCAAAGCCCAUCCCAGGAAGGGGACCCCAGGCAGAAGAUCCAGGCCUCAGGCCCUAGAGCCCCUGUCUCAGAGGUUCACUGGCCUCUUCCUUGGCCCCUGCUUGGCUGAGCUCCCCCUCAGGAAGUGUUCGCAGUAGGAACUCGUGCUGUUUGUGAAUAGAAUGGACAAUAAAGAGCAGAACUCCUCAGAGAAGCAGUGCUGUGACUUUGGGGAUCCCACUUCGUGUGCCCUCACCUGCCACUCUCCCAGUCCCAGAAUGUGGGUUUGUGAGGGACACACACAUAAUCAUAUAUGUAAAGGCACCAGCCCCCCAUAGAGGAUUAGCCACAUGCAUCACAACGUCCACACAGGGAAACAGCACCACACACGAGAACGACACAGACAAAAGAUAGACACACACAAGGCACAUGCAUCAACACACUCACAAGACACACAUAUAGAGACAAACUACACAUGAGAUUGAAAGAUACAUGGGUUGACAGACACAUGUCCAGAUACACGAUAGACACAUAUGUCCAUAGACACACAACAGAUACACACAUACAGUACAGACACAUGUCAACAGCAACACAAACACACAGAUGACACAUUGGUACACAGUGAUACAGACACAGUGGGCCCUUUACCUGUCAGCUCCACUCCUGCCUGCAGAAUGUCACCUGUGGCAUCCUUACAGGCACCAGUCCCUGCUGUGUCCCCCUCCCCCUCUUUCAAGAUCGCUCUAACCCCUCCAAGAGGUGUCCCCAGUCUGAAGCCAAAAGCCAUGUGGGAA